AGCUGUCCGUCUGCCCCCUUCAAACGCAAAUAAACACUCUCUCUCUCUCUUCAAAACCACAACUCCCCAGACUUCUCUCGUUCUUUCUCUUCUCUCUACACUCGCACAUUUUCCUCACUAUACUCUCCCUUUAACGCCAACUUCCUUCCCAAAUAAAGAAAAAAAAAAGGAAAAGAAAACGGUUAUGGACGCACCAGAAUUCUUUCAGGCAAGCAGCUGCGCUUCGCAAUUAGUGCCUGAAAAACCAGCGGCCGCAGCUGACCAUUUCAUCGUGGAAGACUUGCUCGAUUUUUCCAACGAAGAUGCCGUUAUAACUGAACAAACGUUGGAUUCCUCAGCUCCUGGACAUUCCACGGGUUCUUCUACCGUGACCGUCGUCGACAGCUGCAAUUCGUCGUCGUUUUCUGGUUGUGAACCUAAUUUAGAGGGCGGUGUUGGUUACCGUGGUUUUACCGAUGGCCACUCCUCGACUGACCUUUAUGUGCCGUGUGACGAUUUAGCUGAACUUGAAUGGUUGUCGAAUUUCGUGGAAGAAUCAUUUUCAAGUGAUGAUCUGCAAAAGCAGCAACUAAUAUCAGGAAUGCACAUCCGACCUGACGAAUCAUCAGAGACCCGAGGUUUCCAACCCGUUCUGCCCAACCAAAUUAAUGACGCCAUUGGUAACGGCGACAACCACCACGGUAAUAAUACCAACAACUCGAUUUUCCAUCCGGAUAUGUCGGUGCCCGCCAAGGCCAGAAGCAAACGCCCUCGGGCAGCGCCAUGCAACUGGGCAUCCCGCCUCCUUGUUCUCAGCCCAACAACUUCGUCUUCCGAACCCGAUAUCGUCGUCCCGGUGCAACCACCUCCCUCGAACCACCCCAAUAAAAAGCCUGCUAAAAAGACGUCGUCGAAGAAAAAAGAUGGUGGCGCCGCCAAUUCGGAUAGUCGGAAGUGCCUACACUGUUUUACGGAUAAGACGCCACAAUGGAGGACUGGUCCCAUGGGUCCCAAAACACUUUGCAAUGCAUGUGGGGUGAGGUAUAAAUCGGGGCGGCUCGUGCCCGAAUACCGACCCGCUGCGAGCCCGACGUUUGUGCUCACUAAACAUUCAAAUUCUCACCGUAAGGUGCUUGAGCUUCGGCGGCAGAAGGAAAUGUUAAGGGCUCAACAGCAACACCAGCAACAAUUCAUGCAGCACCAUCAUCAGAACAUGGCUUUCAAUGUUUCCAACGGUGAAGAUUACUUGAUCCAUCAACACGUUGGCCCUGAAUUCAGGCAGCUGAUUCUAGAGUAGGGAACUUCAAUUAAAAUCGACUCCUUGAAUUUUUUUUUCCUUUCCCGGAAUUAAAUUUAGGUACUGAAUUCAUUAGUGAAUUCCAGUAGGUUUUUUUUGGGGGAUUAUUUUCGUAGACUAAUUGUCUCUUGAGUUGGGCUGUUUCCUGUCUAAUUUGGUAAAUUCUCAACGCCCAAUUUUCUUACUUCAGGCAAAUUAG